CCCCUAGUCUCCUCGUCCUCUUUUCCGCCAUGGCGCCCCUCACUCGACUUCUCUUUGCUCCUGUCCUCCUCCAUGCGCCAACAAACCACGCCGCCUGGUCACUCCAUCACCCUUAGUUUCGGCCAUGCCCGACCUCACUCUCUUCUGUCUCACCGAUGGAGAACCCACGUCGAAUGAAUUUUCCGUCAAGAUCCCCUCGACAGAAACCGUGUAUAUCCUCAAGAGCCUCAUCAAGGCCAAGAAAACGCCAAAAUUUGACGACCUCGCAGCAGACAAUCUCACGCUCUGGCGUGUCUCGGUUCCUGUCGUCGCUGCCAGCAUCCGCAGUGCGGUCUUCCUGAACGAGAUUGAUUCCAAGACGGAGCUCAGUCCGACAAACGACGUCUCUGAUGUCUUCCCAAACACGCCAGCCAAGAAAACAGUUCACAUCAUUGUUCAGCGACCACGACCAGGUAAUACAUCGCGAGUUACAUUCCUAACGGUGCAUGGACUUACCCGCUGCAUCUGUUUUUUUUUUGUGCGAAAUACUGAUUCUUGACCUAAUCUUUUCUUGUCACUUUUCCUUCUCUUGUAAUUCAAUAUACAGACCUUAUAUUGGAGCGCGAGUUCGUGCA